UAUCCCUCUGGCACCUUCGCGCGUUUUCCAACUCUGACAAUUAAACGCCAACUUCACGCGUUACAUUUUUCUACGCACGCGUAAAUUUGCAUGUGUAUAUAGGAGCUUUACGUAUAAUAUACAUGUGUUUACCACAUUGUCCCGAUAAACGCCUAAAUUCACGCGUUAGGGCAUCAAUGACCCCGUGUAUACAUACGCACAUAUAUACAUGUUCUACGACACACAUUUGUGCUACCAAAGGCCUAAGUGGAAAAAUCAGUUCUGCAUUCCUUGCUCCGCGGCGUGAAAAUUGCUUGGCACGCACCGAGAUGUGCGACGCGUCGGCGGACACCGGCCCGACAAGAAACAGCGAAACGACGUACAGCAAACGUGAAAAUCACUCUCGUCGCGUCUCGCGUUCUCGCGUCGAUCGGCCUGUCUCGAUUUGAAAGGGUUCGAACCGUAGUAACCGCGGCGCGAGACCGCGAGGUUAGGUUAGACGGUGCGGUUAUUCGGCUGAAUCAGCAGCCGUCUACGAGCGAUUGACGCACGUCGCCGUCGGUGGCCAGGUUGUUUGUUAUAUCGUUGUCGUCGCGACUCGCGAGACGCAGUCGUCGGGUGAUUGUCGAGGGCGUCGGAGCGAAAACAGUCUCAUUUGCGUCUCCUAUAUACCGCAACCUUGAUUGCAUCUCCUGCGGCAACCUUCAUUACGAGCGGCACCCCGGCGAGAUGGGCAUCUGGGAAAUAAUCGAUUUCGCGUCGCUUGGUAAAUCCUCGCUUCCGCAGCAAAACGCGGAUAUUCAGGAGCUGAUAAGGGAGAGCGCGACGGUGCGCGAGAACUCGUAUUCGCCGUACAGCAAAUUCAAGGUCGGCGCCGCAGUGCGAUGCGCCGACGGCAGCAUCUCGCGGGGCUGCAACGUGGAGAACGCAUCCUUCCCGGCGGGCGUGUGCGCCGAGACCACGGCGAUCGCGCGGGCCGUGUCCGAGGGCAAGCAAAAGUUUACGGCGUUGGCUGUGGUGGCCGACCAGGAGAGCACCACGUUCACCACGCCGUGCGGGGUGUGCAGGCAGUUCAUGUCCGAGUUCGGCGACAACAUACCCAUCUACCUGUCGAGAACCGACAUGAAGAAAGUUCUACGGACUAAGGUGAACGAACUGUUGCCGCUCUCGCCGUUUCGCACGAACGAUACGGAGACUUCGUAAUUUAUCCGUCGGCGACGCUCGAACAAUACGGAGGCUACAACGAAAAGCGGUGAACUUUUUCUAUGUACUUAAUUAGAAUAUUCAUCCA